CGUGCGUCACCUUGAACCGAUUGAAGCUAGGUUGGCGGUUUCCCAUAACGUGGCAUUUACUUUACUGGCGCGGCCAUGUUUAUCAGUUGAACAGUUCAAGUUCUCCUUACAGCACCUUUGGACCCCCAGAAGUGCAUUCUACUGCCUGCAUUGUAGCUGCUUACGUCCACUGUCAAUCUCACCUCAUCACCUACCUCUAGGAGAUACCUCUUUCUACCUCGACGACCUCGCUUGUUCACUCGAUCACGAAUUCCCAUUCCACUCACUUCCACCCAUGAUGGCAACUUAGUGCGAUCCCUCCAUUGCUAAACCAAAAGUUCAACCUCUUCGGUCACGGUUUCGCCAUUCACUCUCGCAAAUAGGCCAAGAUGCGGUUGGCGUGGUACGCAGGGUGCUCGACGGCCCUAGCGGCCUCGGUCAUCCUUUCGGCGUUCCAUCAACGAGCCAACUUCUACUCUGCCGUCGUCCAUCUGGGCCAGAACAGCCUCUCUCUCGUGGUCCUCGCGAACCUGAUCCUCGUCCUCUAUGGAGCCUUCAUGUACGGCCUCCAGCGCCUCUGCUUCGGCCCCCUCCGCCCCGUCGAGAUCGAGCAACUGUACGAACGCGCCUGGUUCGCCGUCACCGAGACAUGUCUGGCCAUGACCAUCUUCCGCGAAGAAGUCGGCCCCUUCUUCCUGUUCAUGUUCACGGCGCUUGUCACGGGCAAAGUAUGGGGCUGGAUAGGCGAAGGCCGGGUCGAGAUCUUUGAGCAACAACCGCCCGCCAACCCGCGACUGUUCCACACCCGCCUGUCCGUCUCGCUGCUCCUUAGCGUGGCGUACAAUGUCUGGAUGUUGAAGUACUGCGUCGAUACCGUGGUCCAGCAGGCGCGUCCUACCAUGAUGGUGAUGUUCCUGUUUGAGUUUGCUGUGCAGACGGUGACCUCGGGCCAGACGCUCAUAAGGUAUCUGUUCUCCAUGUGGGAGCAGCAUAUCACGAGGGUGCAGACGAGGAAUGGGUUGGAGCAGAGGAGACAGCAGAUUAGAGAGCGCAGGGCGGAGAUUCUGAGGCGCAGAGAGCAGGGUGAUGCGGAGGCGGAGAAUGAGGAGUUGCCGAGCGAGGAUGAUGUGGAAGAGAUGGAUAUCGAGGUUCCUGGCUGGGAUGCCAAGGGACUGUAUAUCUUGUCAUUGGAUUUGGUUUCUGACUUCCUCAAGCUCUGCAUUUACACCGCAUUCUUCUGCGUCCUCAUGACCUUCUAUGGAUUGCCCAUUCACAUUAUCAGAGACUGGUUCAUGACGACCAGAUCUUUCAUCAAGCGACUCAACGCCCUACUGCGCUACCGCCAGGCUCUUCGGGACAUGGAUCAGUAUGCCGACGCUACCGAGCAAGAUCUCGGACAAGACGACACCUGCAUUAUUUGCAGAGAAGAAAUGCGCCCUUGGAACCCCCAAGACCCUAUUCGUCUCGAGCGUACUCGUGCCAAGAAGCUGCCCUGUGGCCAUAUUCUACACCAAGGAUGUCUCAAGAGCUGGCUGGAACGCCAGCAAGUGUGCCCGACCUGCCGACGCCCGGUUUCUAGGGAAGGCCAGCAGCCGGACCGAAAUGCGCAGGGGGCAGGUUUCAACGGGCUCAAUCUUCCGGCUGGACAGAACCAGCAACCUCAACAACAGAUUAACGGUCAAGCGCCCGCCAACCAAGCUCCUAAUAAUCAAGUGAACAACCAGAAUAACGGAGUUCGGAUUAACGGAGUUCGGAUGUUCAACUUGGGUCCUAUUAGAUUAGGCUUCGCACAAGGCCAGGAUAUUCAGGAGAUGGCCAGGAGAAUGGGUAUCCCGGAGAAUAUGGCUAAUGCCCAUCAGCCCGUGAAUGCGCAGGCACCACCAGCACAACAACCUGUUAAUGGACAAGGUUCUACUGGCAUGGAUCAGAUUCAGACGCAGCUGGUGGAAAUUGGGCAGCGCCUGGACCAGGAAUUGAGGGACUUGAGCGCCACGAUAGGACAGUUCCGCUCGUUGCAGAACAUUGCUACAGAGCUGGCUCGGGUACGCCACGCUCAACAAGCGCAAGCUCUGGGGUUUACACUUCCUCAAGAGCCUGUACAAAUCCAACCAUUCCCACAAAACAUCACUAGGCAUGGCGCUGCGGAUUGGGGAACAGCCAUUCCAGCCGGCAGUCCCGACUUGCCCGAGGGGGUGGUGAUCCCCGAGGGGUGGUCGCUACUUCCUCUGGAGCGGUUGAACGGUGCUGCUGUUGCUCCGGGACAGAAUGCGGGUCAGGCCGACCAAGCCGGCCAGCAAGGGAAUGUUGAGACAGCAAUACCAGGGACAGCAACGGCAGGACCGGUGCCAACGGUUGUAGAACCAAGGCCCGAUAAUGCAGCUCAAACUGGAGCUCAAAAUCAAGCCCAGGGAAAUAUAGCCUCUGGUCUUCUAACCACUACACCACCGACUGGCCUCAGCCAACCCAUUACCCCCACGACUCCCGCAACUCCCAUGAGUCCUGCUGAACAACAACAACCUGUCACCAACACUGCAUCACCAACAACUGCCGGGACUGGAGAGACGCAAGCUCCGCGUUCAUCAGUACCAUCAACAUCAUCUACUCGACCAGAAAGCAGACUCCAUAAUCCAGUAACGAUAAUGCCGGACGCGAAUACUGGACCAUUGGGAGGAAUGGGGGCAGGUUGGAGCUUCAAUAAUGUCCCGCCCUCUCCGCAGCCGGAGGCAUCCCAGGCCCCCAGUAUCAGGAGAGAAGAAGAGCAGGAGGAGGUUGAGAGUGACGGUCGCUUAUCUAUUGACGUUAGUGAAAGUUAUAGACCUAGGCCGAGGCCUGCUCCCGCUGCGGUUGAGGAUGCUGAGGAUGAAGAAGCUGCUAGCAGGAGCUGAGUGCCCUGGAAGAAGAUGAGUUGAUGGUAUUCUUAACGGCGUUUGGGAGGAAAUUGCCCACCUGUUUCUGGCGAAUGCUG